AACGAGUACUCUCUUUCUCUUUCACAAAAAACGAUCAAAUCAAAAAGCGAGUGAGGGUGAUCAGCACCCGACCGAGUUAAAACCCCGUGCCACGUCGCGAUGCAGCGAGCACUUGGCUCCUCCCCUUCUCGGCUGAAGCUCUCUGUCGAUUUGGCGGCUCGGUUUGCCCUCUUCCUUAGGCAGCCACCUUAGGCGUUAAAUGUUCGCUCUCCGUGGCAGCCAUCUCCAUCUGUUCGCCGUCGACGCCCCUCUCCUCGGUUCAUCUGUUCUCCGCCCUGCCCGCAGAAGCUCCCCGAUCCGUCGCAUUUGCAGCUUAUCCUCCUCCGCCUCCUUUUCUCCUCACUCGCGCUUGCGCAUCCCCAACGCUCCCCGUUCCACUGCCGCUCAAGACGGAACCUAUUUGCUAUUUGCUAUUUGCUAUUUGCUAUUUGGGUGCCGAGGUCGACCCCGCCCGAUUCCAGGUUCGUUCACAAGCUCACAGUCGAUCCCAGCGCCUACCACGGAGUGGAGUCCACCGUCGAGAGGAUGAUCUAGUUGAUGGGAUCCACAAGCAUACUUGGGUUAAGGAAAUGAAGUAAAAUAUCAAUUGCGGUUUCGGUUCCUCAUCCUCACCAAGUUUGUCUUGUCAACAUGUGAGCAUAGUGUUGUUAGGAAAUGAAGUAAUACAUGUGAACAUGGGACUUGCUAAUUCAUUUAAGUUUAAACAUUCUACGCAUUUGCAAUUUACAGAAAGAUUAGUUUGGAUUUCUUUUGACAUGUAUUUCGAGCCUGCUUUAAAC